AUGCUUCCACUCAUCUACUGCCCACUGUUCAUUCUCUUCAUUAUUCUCGUUUGCACCAUCUCUCUGGCUCUCACUGGCUUCCGUUAUUCAAGACAAACACGUUGGAAUGCAUUCGAAACUGCAUGGACCGUCAACUGUAUCCUCCUUGGAGUCUUCGUCACCAUUGUGAUCUAUUCCUCCUACAAACGCAAUGACGCCGUCCUUGCGAUCUACACCGGCGCCAUUUUGGUCUCGAUUGGGCUCUGGAUGUUUCUCAACUACACUCUCAACAAUUUGGACGAGGAGCAACCAGUUGGUCAAACUCACGUGGCGGAGAGCGAAUUGUAA